UUCUAGAUCCAGCACAGACGACCUUCCCACUGAAAACCUCAACAUGACUCCUAACGCCACUGCUGUAUCUGCUCUGUCUUAUGCGCCCCGUACCGUGGCCAUGAGAAAGGAGGCAAACGAACUGAGAAAAACCUUGAAACCCUUACUGGAAAAAAAACGACGAGCGCGCAUCAACGAGAGCCUCAACCGAUUAAAAGCGCUUAUUCUCCCGCUCACAGGCAAAGAUAAUUGCCGUUAUUCUAAACUGGAGAAAGCUGACAUUUUGGAGAUGACCGUUCGAUUCCUGACUGAUAUUCAAUACACUCCGUCUAAAGAUGGUGCCGUUAGUUUUAAAGAGGGGUACAUAACCUGCCUACAGCGCGUUUCAGCUCGCCUACCGCAAACCAACCUCGACACAGAAACCCGCCAUCGCAUCAACGAGUUCAUCCAGCGUUCGAUGAUGCCCAAGACACCAGGCUGCCAGAACUGCUGUGCACAGAGCUCCAGAAUGAUGUCACAAAUCCAGCAAAAACUUCUGAAUUUGAAAUCUAGCAGCUCAAGAAUCGUAAACCCAGAAAAAAGCAACGCUGCGAGUCUCAGUCAACCUCAGCCUGUGCCACUGAUCACCGAUGCCAAAGUCUGGAGACCUUGGUAGAUCUACCAUACAAAUGACUAUUGUUCUGAUCUUAUAAUGCAAGCCUUUCAGAAUUGUAGCCUACAUAUCUGCAACCUAUGUAGGCUCUUUUAAAAUUUACUUGAUGAAUAGCCUACGAGUCAUCAAAUAACAUAUAAGUAUUGUAUACUUGCUUUUUCCAGUCCAGUGUAUAGUAAUGGAACAGACCCCACAUAUUUUUUGUUUUCAUAAAGAUCCUGCGCGUGACCUGUACAUAACGUGGUUAGAUUUAUUACCCAUUGCGGGUUAAAUCGUCGGUGGCUCUUGAAAACGCCUAGUAAAACCCUAAGGGUUAUUAAUAGUAAAACAUUUGCACCUCACACUUCAGUAUCCUGGGUUGGUGCAGAUUAUUUAAUUGUAAACACUCUGUGUUGUUCACUGAAAUCUCUUUUUUGUGGGGAUGUGCUAUGUAUUUACUUGUUUAUACAUGUAUGUAUUGUGCUACACUUUAUAAUAAAAAUG